AUGGCAGAGGACCUUGCGUCCUGGCUCUUAGAAGGGACGCCGAGUUGGAUUCGGCAGGGUGUGCAACCCGAGGCGCUCCGCAGAAAUUCUCCUAGCGGGCUCUGUGAGGACGGCCUUGCAGCCUCUAGUGGGAGCACACACGACCAAGGGACCCUCCUUGACCAGUGGCUAGCUAAGCAACGAGGUGAUCAAACCGCUUUUGGAGGCCGCCCCUCCUUUUUCUCGCCUAAAUUGCGUUCUGCGGCAACACGCAACACUGCAGAAAACCCUAAGGAACGCCAAGCAACACCCAAUGCGGAGGGCUGGGCUGCACCCCUCACAGCAGCUUGUUGCUCAACAGCAGCAGUACUGGGCGGUGAUGCUUCUUCUUCUGCUGCUUCCCUAGGAUCUGUCGGAUGGAAAUUGCAGCUCUUUAAAGCGGCAGUUGGAAUUCGAAAGAGACGCGAAGAAUACGAAACAAGGCGGCGGAGGAGCCUGUUAGCGUUUAUGACCCGAAUGACGCAGCAGAUCUCUGACACCCCCCCGACAGAUACAGGAGCUUUGGGGGAGGUUUUCCAGAAGAAACCCACGACUGGACAUGUUCUAGUAAACGCAGAGAACGCUGCCCCCACGCCACUUCGCGUAUCGCCUUCAUACAAGUGGCCAAACGCCACGAAAGAGAUUCGGCAGCAGCUACUUUCGGCUCACAGGUUGCGCUUGCUGCCUGCGAAUCUGCAGGUGGAGGCCCUCUUGGGGGAGGGGGCGAGUGGGCGUGUUUGGCGUGUUCGGCACAAGCAAACGGGGUCAGUCUUCGCACUUAAAGUUAUUCGGAAAGGAAAGGGGGGACCAUGCAGUAGCGCUUGCGCUCGGCUAUACGCGGAGCGUCAUGUUUUGAUUAGGGGAGGGCUGUCUAGACACCUCGUACAGCUGCAUGCGGCGUUCCAGGACGAGCAGCACGUGUUUCUGAUGCAGGAGUGGGCCCCUGGACCGUCCUUGCGGGCCCUCGUGCAGAAUCGGGGGCCCCUGCCAGAAGAGGAGGCGCGGCGAUAUGCGGCUCAGUUGGCACUGGCGAUCCAUGCCAUACACAGGCUGGGCUUUAUACACAGAGAUAUAAAGCCGGAAAAUUCAAUCCUCGAUAAACACGGGGACCUCAAGCUCAUAGAUUUGGGCCUUGCGGCAAGGCCAAACUCGAAGGCCUUCCCUUCAAGCCCUGGAGAUUUCUACGCGAGGAAGAGUCCGCUGUGGGCAACCACGCCGACAGAUCCUAAUGCUGCUCUUGAGUGCUGCAGUGUUUCCUCCCCAGGGGGAAGCAGCGGCAGUGUCGACAGCUCUGUGCCUCUCUCACCGAUAGCGGCUAUCGGAGGAAGCACCGAAAGGGCCGCGGGGGAGCGCCAAGACUUCACGCCAAAGACAGAGGCCUCACGCACGGAGGAGGAGGGCUCUCGGGAGGCGUCUCCUACUACUACGCCCGAAGCAUCUGCAGGCAGCGAGCGAAUGUCUCCAGAAGACCCCCCCGAGUCCUUUGCUGCCUGGCGGCUGCGGCAGUUGUGGGCAGAAGGUGCGCGUUCUGCUGUCGGCACUUUGCACUACAUGGCCCCUGAGGUGGCCUUAAACAUUAGGCACUCUGAAGCACCCAUGUCCACGGGAAACCCCGGAUAUGGAAAGAAAGCCGAUUGGUGGAGUUUUGGUGCGGUUCUCUUCGAGUGUCUCUUUGGACACCCUCCCCUAGCUCGGUUCAACUUAGCCGAAAUGCUGGCUCGCAGCAAGCAGCCCAAGGAGCGGCGGCCUCAUCUGCUGUUGUAUCGGCAGGAGCGUGUGUCUCAGGAGUGCCUCAACUCAACAGCAGCAGGGAGGGAGGCCAGUGGGCUUAUUACCACUGUGCUCGCAGGGAGCCCCCGAUCCCCUACUGAAAGGUCCACAAACGAUUCACUUGCGGGCGGAGGAGAGGACGGAGCAGGUGCUGUGGGCAACGCCACCACUGCAUCCGACGGCUUGCCCUUGUCGUGUGAGCUGAUCAGCAACCCCGAGCUGCUGCUAUGCACGUUGCGCAGCUGGCGGCAGCACCUGCGUAUCCCUCCGUCCCCCUUUGUCGUUUCUAAGGGGCACGAAGCCUCGAAAAAGCCUCCUCGGGGAGGCAAUAAUGAACGUGUAAUCUCCUCGGAGGCAGUAGACCUCCUGUGCAACCUUCUGUGCGAAGAAGAACGCCGAUUCGGCUUCAGCCGUAUACGGCAGCACCCUUGGUUCAAGUCCAUCAACUGGGAAGAGGAGGGAAGGCCUCCAGAAACGCAGCGCAAUCCAAGGGCGAUUCAAGUAUGCUCGCGAAUAGACAGGCGAAGGAGGCCCUCUCGAGGCACCAAUUCCUAUCAAAGCUCUUCUGCUCUUCCCUGCAUUACGGGGGCCAUUGCAGAGACUCUGGGCAGACAAGGUGGGGGUGAGACGAGCACCUUGCCGCUGACCAUCGCUUCGCAUGCUGCUGGUGGUGCUGCUGCUGCUCAUUCAGAAAAAGGAGCGAGGAACUUCCUAACACAUUCCAAACGAGGGGAGACAGCACAUACAAGGGCUGAUCAGACAACCCCUUGGUCAAAGUCGAGUAGUUCCUUUCGUGAAUGUACUUCAACCUCCACACUUAGUUACAACAGUGGUGGGGUUAGGGCCAGUGCCUCAAAUUUCAACAGCUCGCAGACGGCCCCUGUGGGCUCGGGUGGGGGCGAGGACGAUACAGCGGGGAAGGAGGCUCCAUGGACGCACAGACACUCAGACGGCGGGGAGGCCUCCCCUACAUUCUGCUCUUGUGAAGGUACAAGAGACUAUGAAACCCAAGGUCCACUUGAGGGGAGUGCCUAA